UGCAACUUUUCAGAUUAGUAUACGCUGAUCGUCUCUCAGCAACAAGAAGAACAUUUUUCUGAAAAUAAUUAACUUGGAAACGCAAGUGCUGUGUGUGUGUAGAAGUCGAAAUACCAUACGCACGCAAAGAUGGAUUUUAAACCACGUUUGUUACUUCUGCUUGUUAUCGUUAGCAUAUUAACGUAUGAGAUCAUAGCUGAUCAACCGUCAGUUUGCCUGUUGCCCAUAGAAAGGGGUACUUGUAAAGCAUAUAUAACGAGAUACGCGUACAAUGCAGCUUCAGGACAAUGCGAACGAUUCAUAUAUACUGGCUGUGAUGCAAACGCAAACAAUUUCAAAAGUAUGGACAAGUGCGAGGAGACAUGUAUAAAUAUAUAAUGAUGGAUAAAAAUGGUGAACGGGAGAUUUUAUGAAGAUCUAAUAAAGAAUUUAUUAUACGCUUUAUUUUUAUGGUAAUAAAGUUACAGUAAUUUUUACAUAAUAUAAUUAAAUGUACGGUGAAUACAAAUAAGAUAAGUGAUGGUUAUAA